UUUUUCUACUAUAACAGAGCAGCAGAGGAGAGGGCGGUAGAGAGAAGAAUCGGCGGCGAAGAUGAAGUACAAUCCCAGAGUGUCCUCCUCCCGCCGCAAGAGCAGGAAGGCUCACUUCACGGCCCCGUCUAGCGAGCGGCGCGUGAUUAUGAGCGCCCCUUUGUCCGGCGACAUGCGCUCCAAGUACAACGUGAGGUCGAUGCCGGUGAGGAAAGACGACGAGGUUCAGGUGGUGCGCGGGACCUACAAGGGCCGCGAGGGCAAAGUUGUCCAGGUCUACCGUAAGAAAUGGGUCAUCCACAUCGAGCGCAUUACUCGCGAGAAGGUUAACGGAUCUACCGUCAACGUCGGCAUCCACCCCUCCAAGGUCGUUAUCACCAAGCUCCGCCUCGACAAGGACCGCAAAUCCCUGCUCGAACGCAAGGCUAAGGGCCGCGCCGCCGCCGACAAGGAAAAGGGUACCAAGUUCACAACUGAGGAUAUCAUGCAAACAGUUGAUUGAUUUUGAGGUUGUUAUAUUUGCUGCUACUUUUUAUUGAUUGUUCAAUCAGUGAGGAUUAGUGUUACGUUUUGAAUAUCUGCACCUUUAAAUUUUGGUUAUAAUCUAUUGCAUAUUUCCUGGAUUUAUGCACUCGUCAGUUAACAUUAUCAUGAUAAUAUGUCUACCAUUUUUAAUUUUUA